AAACACUAUGAACCAUGAAAUUCACUUCACUCACUAAUAUUGUCAUAUCUGCCGCAGCGAUGGCUGGCGUAUUAGCUAUCGCAUCUAAUUCAGAUACAACACCCAUUGGUCGAAGCUGUGUGGACAACUUCCGUAGGCACUUUUGCGGCCUACUAGGUGCAGGCUGCAUACUAAAUCUUAACAACUUGAUGCCUUACGCGGUUUACUGCAGAUCGAAAGGGACAGUUGAAACAGCCACGGCGUGUGGCUGCCAAACUUGCUGUCGCAAUGGAGGUAAUGUGAAGACUAUAU